CGACGUGUAGUGGUUUCGUCGAUACGUGGAUUAAGAAAGCAAAAGCAGAAAGUGGUUCAGCCAGCGAAGACGUUGGUGGUUUGCAUUUCGUGAUUACCGGAGCUACUCGUCGGACUUUCCAACCACGAUUAGUUCGUAAAGUGUUGCUAAUCAGGUGUUCCAAGACUGCAUUUCAUAGUUUUCCAGCAGACAAGCCACAAGAACAAUGCCUGCUCCAGCCAGUUCAACCUCUGUCGGAAGCGGAAGCCGCUCUCCCACGAAGCCGUCAUCGGCACCGCGAGCGAGUGCUGGUGGUUCCAGCAAUCUGAAACAGAGAAAGACCACCACCACGACGACCGCAGCUCGGAAUCGUACUACCGGUACCGGUUCUGGUGGAAUGUGGCGCUUCUACACCGAUGACUCGCCCGGAAUCAAAGUUGGUCCAGUUCCAGUACUAGUGAUGUCUCUACUAUUCAUUGCAUCCGUAUUUAUGCUGCACAUUUGGGGCAAAUAUACACGCUCUUAAGAGUCGACAUUCUUAGAUUUAUUUAAGCGUUCUAUUUUGUAAGCUCAGACAUGCAUUCAUACGUGAAAACUCUUGGCAAACACUGUUACGUCGAUUAUGGGCAAGAACCGAGAGUGUUAAUUUAAAAUCUAUACGGUUUACUAGCGUUGUGCUUAUUGGAGAAAACAUGGUAUAUUCUAUUGAAACUCAUUUCAAAGCUAUUAGGGGUCUUCACAUCGAGCUCGUAUACGAAUACCCAGCCGUAAACUGUGCAUCUUCCAUAACUCGUCAAUGGAGGUGAGUAUUUUUACGGCUGGGUAUUUGUUUACGAGCUCGACAUGAAUACCCAUAUUAAUUUAUCACUCGCUUGUCUCUUAUACAGUCUAAGAAUGCAAGUAAUUCAACCCAUUCGAGAAAUAUAUCCCUAUCUGUAAGUGAGAGUUAUAA